CCUAAUAUACGUCCAUGAAGGUCUUAUACGUAUUUUCGUCAUUCUAAGUUCAAUUGUCGUAGGAAUCGUUCAUACAUCUGUUCACAAUGUUUGAAUUUAAUGUUAUGUUUGUUUUUUCUACUUACUUGUAUUUGAGCAUAGUGUUUGAAUGCGAGUCUACACCACUUAAACAUCCAUGUCAGCAGUUACGACCCAUCAAUGGCCAGGCGAGAUUAUUAUUAGUACGCGGUGUAACUAUGGCCAAAAUUACCUGUUUUCAGCCGUAUGUUCUAGUAAACGGCAACGAGACGAUGACCUGCGUCGGAGGAAAAUGGGAUAGCGAAUAUCCGAUAUGUGCUAAAUAUGAUCCAAUACAUAAACCUUGUGACUUCGAAUCGCCCGAAGAAAGAUUUUGUGGAUGGAGAAAUUAUAUGUACAACGAAAUUGAGUGGUUAGCCGAUAAAACGCUAGUACUGCCAAAUAGUGCCAGAAGUCACGUAACACCGGGUUCUUCUCAAUAUUUUACAAAUCAUUAUAUAUCCUUGGACACGAGAGAUUAUGGAUCCACUACCAUCGGACAACUGUUAUCUCCAUCACUUCCUCCAGUUGCAACUAAACAAAGGUGUUUAAAAUUGUCGUACAAAGUAACGUCAGGAAAUUCACAUAGUCGUCCUACAUUGAAAGUAAUUUUUGGAGGCAUACCUCACUGGAAAACUCACGAAGGGGAAGGGAGAGCUGUAAUUGGAUUAUAUCGAUUUAAUGUGUCUAAUAAAAUCGUAAUUGAAGGGAGUAGUUGUAAAGCAGCUAUUGAUAAUUUGAUAAUUACGGAGGAUAAUAGUUGUACUCAACGACCGUACGAUGAAGAGCUUGAUAGUUGUUAUGACAAUUGUGGAAAAAUAUCAGAUGGUGUUGGUUGUUCGUGUGAUUGGUCAUGUCACUAUAAUAAUAACUGCUGUCCAGAUAUACAAAUCAAAUGUCCGUAUAUCAAACCAAUAGACGACAUCACUAGAUUAUAUUUAACUCCUACUGCCACAGUGUCGACUACAGUAAAAAAUAAUAGUAUUCAUAAUUUAUCCUGUACUUUCGAAUCGGAAGUUGCAACAUUUUGUGGUUGGAAAAACGAUAUUUUUAACAACGUUGAUUGGUUGGCUGAUCAAAUUUCAUUCAUUUUUUUUAAUCAUCACGUAAUCCCUGGAUCUUCUAGUUAUUUUUCAAGUAAUUAUAUAUCUUUGGAUGCUGGAAAUGAGGGACCCACUCUCACCGGGCGACUAUUAUCUCCACCAAUUGUCCCAGUUAAAAACAAUCAAAGAUGUUUGAUAUUUGCUUAUAAAGUAACGUCAGGAAAUUCAAACGAUAUCCCUAUUCUAAAAGUCACUUUCGGCGGCAUACCUCACUGGGAAACUCACGAGGGAGAAGGAAGAGUUAUAAUUGGGUUGUAUCAAUUUAAUAUUACAACUAGAAUUGUAAUUGAAGGGAAAAGUUGUAAAGCAGCCAUUGAUAAUAUAAUUAUUGCAGAGGGUAAUAGUUGUAAUAAACGACCUUACGUAGAAGAGAUCGACAGUUGUCAUGACAACUGUGGAAAAAUAUCACAUGGUGUUGGUUGUUCGUGUGAUUGGUCGUGUCAUAAUAAUAAUAACUGCUGCCCAGAUAUACAAAAAAAAUGUCCGUAUAUCAAAUCAAUGGACGAUAUUGCGAGCUUAUAUUUAGCUAAUACUACAACUACUACCACACCGACCACAACGAUAGAUUCAGAAAAAAAUGAAAUGUUGAAUGCAACAAUUCCCAAAAAUGCUGAUAACAAAUCAAUAACAAUUGGUGGACUUACUUUAGUUUUUGGUUCUAGGGUAUCAAUGCAUCAAACCCUCUCUAAUUCAACCGAUAUUGCUCCUACAUUGAAUCCAACAUUAAACGGUUUAAUAACUCGCCGUUCACCUAAUAUUGUCGAUUAUUUAAAUAAUAAAUCCAUUUCUGAUACAAAUUUGACUGAUAUAAUACAAGCAAAUUUUGAAAAUUCUGUAAUACCUUUACAACAUAAUCAAACUUUAAAAACAAACGCAUUUUCAUUAAACAAUUAUAGCGGUCUACCAGUUGUAGCAACUGAGUCUACUAAUCUUUUAGAGAACCUGAAUGUAAAUAAUAUCGCGGGAUUGUCUUACGUAUAUGAUGCUAUUUAUAUUAUUGGUUAUCUCGCUGCAGUAGGUGUUACACUUUUCAUUGUUAAGCGAUCUUUUUAUUUUAUAAAGUCGCUUAUCAAGAAACGAACAGAAGCAAAUUACCAGUUUGUUGAGACGAAAAAUGAAAGAUCUAGAAGUAUUGAAUUGGCAUCUAAUUUACAAAAAUGAAUAUUAAAUUUUACCGGCUGCCUUUAAAAAAAAAAAAUAUUAAUUAACUACCUAUAUUGAUUUAUUAUAGUAUAUUUAUUCAACUAUUUACCAAUAAUUUUAAAUAAUCUUAUUAUUAUACAUUUGUCUUUUUGUACUAACUUUCACAUAGACACCUAAAAUAUUAUCAUUUAUGGUUUUAUUUUAUGUUUAUAUUUAAUAAAAUAUAGAUUUCUUUAAAUACGUCUG